AUGGCUCCAAAGAAAACCAAGAAAGCUAAAGAGCGAGCUAUUUCUAUCAAAUGGAAAGUUCAAAAAAGUAAUACCAAAACUUCUUCUAGUACUGAUGAAAAUUCAUCCAUUCUCACAAAUUUGAAAGGAAGUGCCUAUAGUGCCUAUCAAACCUAUUUCGCAAAGGAAGAGGCAGAAAAGUCUUCUCUUGUUAAAGAAUUUGUUCAAAUAAUUAAUUAUUGGUGUAUUUCAAGAGAGAGAGAUAGAAAGUUAGUUAAUUUUCAAAGUGAAUCCUUAGCUAAUUUGGUCCAAUUUUUGAAAACUGAUACAUUUUACCAAGAAUUUAAAAUAGAUAUCAAAGAUUUCACUCUGAAUCUGUUGGCAACAAAGGAUCUUGCAACAAAGAAUCAUAGAUUAGAAGUUGAUUCAGUCCAAGAACCAAAAUUAAAUGAUUUCGUAAACAUAUUAGAAAUGGAUGAUACAGAUGUCAAUUACUAUAUCAUUCCAGCAAUUGGUAAAGUAGUGAACGAAGAUCCAUUCCAAGUUUCAAUCGAACACCACAAUCACAUCCACUAUGAGAAAAAGUAUUCCAAAAAAACUCCAAUCUCAGUAUCGAAGGACAUGACGAGCGUAAUAGAAGCCUAUGAGGAGACAGAGCCAAACUUUUCAACCAUGCUACCUAGUAAUAGAAUUUCUGUUAACAUUACCCCAUCUAAAAGAAAGUCAAAAGCAAAGAAACCGUCUUGUAAUGAAAUUUCAGAUAAUAACUCAGAACCAACCAAUAAGAUGUCAACUAGAAAAAACAAAUCUAAAACAGCUGCUCCAAAGAGGAAGAAUCAAUCUGAUGAAGAUGAAUCAAGUACUGAUACAGAUAAUGAUUCUGAACCAAGCAAGAAAAAACAAUUUAAACCAUCUUCCAGUAAACAACUAGUGAAGACAGUGAAGAAGACCAUGUCAGUUCAUGAUUCAGAUAGUGAUGAAUCCACCACUGAAGAUUCAGAAAAUGGUACUAGUGACUCCACAGAAUCUGUCUAUUUUCAAGUUCGUCACGUUAAUGGAAAACGGGAAUAUGUGAUUGUUCCAGAGCAUGUCGAUUACAUCUUUGAUUUGAUAGAUAAGGACAAAGCUUUUCCAGAGUUCAUCAAUGCCAUUAUCCAAUGUGAAAAGGUAUUAACUGACCUCACAAAAAGGUUUGCUCAUCUAUUUUCAGGGCUUGCAUUCAACACUACCGUAAAUGGUAUAACUUAUUCAAUUCCUCCAGACAUUAUCAAAAUGCUUAUUGGUAAUGUGACUCAAAAACAGUGCUUGGAAUUGUUAGCACAUCAUCACUUCAAGAAACCUAUAGGAGAACUCACAACUGAUCAAAGAACAGUAUGUAGAAAGUUCUUUGAAGCAAGGGGAUGGGAUAAAGAAAGUGUUCGGAAGGCAAUCAAUAGUUUGAUCAAAGAAUAA